GUUCCAGGCCCCACUGCUCCACUCACCAGCUCUGCGACCAGAGGUCUCAGUUUCUCUCUCCGUAAGAUUAGAAAGUCAACAGCCAUCUCAUGGAGUAGACAAAAUGAGACCAUCGCAGCAGGUGCCUAGCCUGCGUGGCUCAAGGUAAACUUGGGAGGAAGGCAGCGCAGCAAGGUCACAGUACUCGGCCUGAGGGCUGGAGCCCUGGAGUAGCAGGUCCACCAACUCCCAGUCCAGUGUUCUUAAUGUCACACGGGGAACGAAGAAGUUAUUAAUGACCGCUCACAUUCCCCAAUGAUGGAGCCUCACUUGGGAUGGAAGGAACUCCUUCAAAGAGCCUCGAUGACUCCCUACAGGACUACUGCUUUGAGGAAUGGGAACUGCCUGGCAAGUACCUGCUCCAGCUCUGUCCCCGAAGCCUUGAGGCUCUGACCGUGUGGCCUCUGGGCCACCAGGAGAUCAUCCUGGAAGGGGUGGAACAGCUCCGGGCCCUGAGCUCUGGGCUACAGACAGAGAACCUUCAGAGCCUGACAGAGAGAUUGCUGGAGGGGACCUAUGCUUUCCAGGGCUUAGUCCAAGGUCACCUGGAGGGCUGUGUGGAGCCCCCUGCCCAUGUCCUCAGUGCAGCUGUGAAACUGAUACAUGAGGCCCAUACCCUCCUCUUCUGGCUCAACAGAUACCUCUUCUCCCACUUAAAUGACUUCUCGGCCUGCCAGAAGAUUGGGGAGUUGUGCGGGGAGCUGGGCCAGGCCUUGCAGGAGGACACUCCAGCGGCUGAGAAGGAGAGCAAAGUCCUGAGGAUUUGCAGCCACGUGGUCGGGAUCUGCCACAGCAUCCUGAACUGCAGCCCCCAGGAGCUGCUGGAGCAGAGGGCAGUGCUGGAGCGUGUGCAGCUGGAUGACCCUUUGGGCCUGGAAAUCCACACCACCAGUAAUUGCCUGCACUUUGUGUCCCGUGUGGGAACCCAGGUCCCUGCCGACACUCGGCUGCAGAUCCUGCCUGGAGACGAGAUUGUCCAGGUCAAUGAGCAGGUGGUGGUGGGCUGGCCCCAUAAGAAUGUGAUGAGGGAGCUGCUGCGGGAGCCAGCCGGGGCCACCUUAGUGCUGAAGAAGGUCCCGGUGCCAAAGACCCCUCCACAGACCUCUCCUCAAGCCCUGGGCUCUCCACAGCGGACGGUCCCCUCACCCCCCUCACCAGCUCGCCCCCCACGGUCUCCCAGAACCCCGUCUGAAGACAUCUUUGCCUUUGACCUGACUUCAAACCCAAGGCCUGGACCCAGCACUGCCUGGACAGACUCUACCUCCCUCGACCUUGAGUCCCUGCCCAUUCCCCCUGCAUCCCCAGCCACACUCCCAGCAGGAGUAGCAGAUACUCAGAAGCCCCCAGAACACCCUGACAAGAGUCCUGUUCCUGGUCGGAAGAAAUCAAAAGGCGUGGCGACUCGACUAAGUCGCAGGCGGGUGUCCUGCCGGGAACUGGGCCAGCCAGACUGUGACGGCUGGCUCCUACUGCGCAAGGUGCCUGGUGGCUUCAUGGGCCCGCGCUGGCGCCGCUGCUGGUUUGUGCUCAAGAGACACACGCUUUACUGGUACCACCAGCCCCAGGAUGAGAAGGCUGAAGGUCUCAUCAAUGUUUCCAACUACAGUCUGGAAAGCGGUCAGGAUCAGAAGAAAAAAUAUGUGUUCCAGCUCACCCAUGACGUGUACAAACCCUUCAUUUUCGCUGCUGACACCCUGGAGGAUCUGAGCAUGUGGGUGCGCCAUCUAAUUACCUGCAUUUCCAAGUACCAGUCUCCACGCCGGGCCUCCCUGCCCCGAGAAGAAGACUGCUACAGUGAGACAGAAGCAGAAGACCCUGACGAUGACGCUGGGUCCCGAUCGGCCUCGCCCUGCCCAGCCCAAGUCUGGGGUCCGCUCCAUGGAGACACAUCACCUGCAGCUACCCCGACGCAGGGCAGCCCACGGACAUCCUUUGGCUCACCACCAGACAACAGUGAAGGGGCGCUGGAAGGAAUGGUGCGGGGGCUGAGGCAGGGGGGCGUGUCCCUCCUGGGCCAGCCGCAGCCCCUCACUCAGGAACAAUGGCGGAGCUCUUUCAUGCGGCGCAACCGAGACCCCCAGCAAAAUGAGCUAGUGCACCGCGUACGAGCACUACAGAGCACACUCAAGGCAAAGCUGCAGGAGCUUCAGGCUUUGGAGGAAGUGCUGGGUGACCCCGAGCUGACAGGAGAGAAGUUCCGACAGUGGAAGGAGCAGAACCAAGAUCUCUACUUGGAGAGCCUGGGGGCCGGGGCAGUGGUGCAAGCUGAAGGCCCCUCCCAAGUCCUGAGCUCUGACCCCAGAGAACAGCCUUCCCACCCCCUGCCCUCUGACCCUGAGGAGCAGUCUCAUCUCUGCCCCUGGACCCCAGAGAGCAACCUCCAGCCUCCUGACCUCUGACCCUGGUCAGCACUCUGGCUCCUGACCUCUGGCCUCGAAGACCACCUCAACCCCCCAGCCUCUGACUCGCCCAGGACAGGGCCCCUGCCGGCUCUGUUCAAGGUCAGAAGUAGUGCUACCCCGAGAUGGCCCCCUCUGCCUAAGUGUCCACCAUUUCUGCUCCUCUCUCCCCUGGAGUGGGGUCAAGUGAAGUGAACUCUGGGCCAUCCUCUCUCUUGCCAAUGAAGUGGUGGGAAGCUGGCCUGCAAGAAAUUCUCUCCCACCUCAUCCUCUGACCUGUGGGGGCACAAACCCACUCCCUGCCUAGUCUUGUAUAGGUGUUCAUUUUACACAAGAAACACUUUCAACAAAAUAAAAUCAAUCUUAUCUAAAAUGAA